AUGUUAUGGAGUUAUCUUCAAGCUACUUUUACUACUCCGGGGUAUUCUACCGACUCAAAAUCAAUAACCGAACAACGGGAAUAUGAUGAAUAUGAAGAACUUAGAUCAUUAAAUUUAUUGAAUUCAUCAAAUUCAGAAGGAGCAAUAUUUGACCUUGACCUAAAUUUUUCAUUUCUUAUAUUAAUUGGUGCUAUAUUUGGUUUAUGUUUAAUUGGAUUUACUAUUUUUCAUACUUCUCUUAUAUUAUCAAAUCAGACUACUUUAGAAAGUAUUAUAAAACAUAAUUAUAGAUUAAGAAGAGAUGUACUUGGUCCUUAUUGUGAUGGUAAAACUUGGCCAUUAAAUGCUUAUAGAUAUAGUACAUUAUGUGAUUCUCUUUUUGAUCCUAAUCCAUUUUGA